AUGAACCAGUCCCACCGCCGCAAGGAUGGCCCAGAUCCCACUGAGCGCUCAUCACAGCUCAAGCACAAUCAUCGAAACUCCGCUUCCGAACACAACGAAGGAACGCGACCUACCCUCGAACAGCUACAAACCGAACAGAAGCAAGGGGCGCAAAAGCUGCAGAUGCAGAUCGAUGACCUUUACUACAACGGUAUCAGAAAACUGGAUCACGAGAUCGAGGAACUCGUGGACGAUGCGACCGCCCAAUUUCAGCUUAUGGGAGAACGUCACCAUCGCGAGAUGAGGGAGUUGCGCAGCGGCUUGAACAUGGAUGUUUGGGGAUGCAUGUCCUACAAGAAUCAUAUUGAGGGCCUGCGCAAGGAAUCUGAGCGUCGGCUUUGUGAGUUGUGGAUGUAUAUCACCUUGAUGAGCGUUGUUCUGGUAGUGGGCUUCGUGCUGGGUAUGGAUCCAAUGAAUGCGGACAUGAAGGUUAUGGUUCAUGCAAGACAGUAG